AUGGAGGAUGUGAACCGUCACUGCGCAGUCUCUCGCAUCGACCAAAAUAGCCAUCCGCGUGCAUCGCGCGCGGUGCGCACGAGGGCGAUCGCGGCGCUCGAGCGCGCUCGCGCGAUCCACGUUGGCGUUCCAUGCCCUCUCUUCGCCCUCUCAGCGCUCGCGCUCUCGUUCGCGCUCGGAUGGUUGGCGUCGUGCGCCGCGAGACGACGACGCGCCUCGCGCGACGCCGUCGACGCCGGCAUGAAGAGCGGUAUUUACAACGGAGACAGUCUCGGUGGGCGCGGCACCGUGGAUGGCGCGCACGUCACGGCGUGGACACGCGUGAGCGGGGACGCGUCGCACUCGAACGGACGGACUCGGGCUCACGCGCGCGAGAGCGCUCCGGCGCGAUUAAUGAUCGUCGACCUCGCGCGCGGUGUGGAAACGUACGCGAAUCGAGCGUGUCCGACCCCGCCGCCGCCCUCCCCGCCGUCACCCGUGAGUACGUGGUCUCAGCGACCGAUCCACAUGACCACGCCGUCGUACGCGAGAUGCGAAAUCACGAAGGGAGAGAUGACGUACAACGACGACGUCCCGUUUCAAUUUGAGACGCCAGUGUUCAAAGGUAAGUGUCUGUGCCGAUUUCGAGAUUGCGACCCUCCGCCGAGUGCGACGGGGAGAACGAUGCGAUGGCUCGAUGCAUAUUUUCGCGGGAAGAAACGUACGUUUCAGUACGUGGUCCAAGGAAGAUUUAAACAAUCCGUACGCGUCGACCGAGUCUUCACGGGUCACGAAUUCCGCAAACCGCUGGUUGGUAUUCCGGGAAAGUUCCUCAUCAAAGCCAUGCUCAGAGUCGUGCGCGUGAUGAAUCCGAGUCUCACGGCGAAUAUAUUUGCGAAUCAUCCGCAACUGUGGUCCUCUUUAGCCGGAAGCGCCCAAACGAUUUCCGUCGACGAUCCCGGGGGCGAGCCGGACAUCGCGAGCGCCGACUUUGUCGAGAACACACACCGUUUCGGCGGCGCCUUCGCUCGCCGGCGCCACGUCUCCUGCAAGAAGCGCCGUCGUCUUCUAUCGAACCCCAAGCACGCCUCGCGCCACGAAUUCCGUCCCGAGCACGUCUACACGUUUGACUUUUACCAACACUUCUUCAAGCCGGAUCGGUACGUCGUCGACGUCCCCGGCAUCCUCGGCCGCUCGCGCGUCAUCGACGUCGCCGAGCACACCGACGGUGAGCCCGCACAAAUCAUGGCUCGCGACCGUUCCACCGGACAUUACCUCUUUUGCUUCGCCCUGUGGCACGAGCGCCUGUUCUCUCGCCCGCGUCCGCGGUGA